AUGGCCAAGAGACUUGCACAUUUACUAAUGAUAGUGGACAUUGGGUUUCUAUCAUUACAAUUACUCAUCCCAUUGCUUUUGGCUGGUACAGUGCUAGCUGGUGGAAAAUCGUACUCAGGACCCUGUAAUGGGAGAGACUGCAGUGCAGGAUGCCAGUGCUUCCCAGAGAAAGGAGCCAGAGGUCGGCCGGGUUUCCCGGGUUCUCAGGGACCUCAGGGGCCGCCUGGACCUCCGGGGCGACAGGGGGUUCCUGGACAUAAGGGAUCGAGAGGUGAGAGGGGCAAAGCUGGACUGACUGGUCAAACCGGAGACAAGGGACCGAUGGGAGUCCCCGGAUUUGCAGGAAAUGAUGGAAUACCGGGUCACCCAGGACAGCCAGGUCCCAGGGGACCUCCUGGACAUGAUGGUUGCAACGGGACAAGAGGAGAUUCCGGUGAUGUGGGACGACCUGGAUUCCCUGGUUUAUUGGGCUUCCCUGGAAUACCUGGCAGGAAGGGGCAGAAGGGAGAGCCUUUUCUUGUUACAACUGAGUGGACGCGAUAUAGGGGAGAUCCCGGUCACCCAGGUUCUCCAGGUUUUCCGGGUGUACCCGGCAUCCCUGGACGGAUGGGCUCCAGGGGUCCUCCAGGAAUAAUAGGCCCAACAGGUCGGUCAGGACCUCCAGGAGCUCCAGGGCCAAAGGGUAAUGAUGGAAUCAGCUACCAGGGGCGACCUGGAGACAAGGGUGAACCAGGUUUGCCAGGCCCAACGGGAAGUUCUUUAGAUGACACCAGCCAGGUUUCUGGACCGGGCGAUAAGACAGGAGAAAAGGGCGAUAGAGGAGAUCAAGGAUUUGAGGGAGAAUUGGGCCAGCCUGGGGAACUGGGAGCCCCUGGUCCAAAGGGAGAGAAAGGAGAAGGAGGAAUCAUGGGACUUCCAGGAGCAAGGGGUGCGAGUGGUUCAGAUGGACUCCCAGGUUCAGAAGGAGACAAAGGUCCCACAGGUAUCCGGGGUCUCCCAGGGAUCGACGGCCUACCAGGAACAAAGGGUGACCGAGGUGACCAGGGCCUCCCUGGCCAGACCAUCGCUUAUAGCGGAUCAAUCCCCAAAGGUCCAAAGGGACGGGAAGGCCUAGAAGGAGAGCGUGGACCUCGAGGGGAUGUGGGGCCUCAUGGCACUCGGGGUGGUCCUGGUCCUCCUGGUGACACAGCAUUCUUCCCAGGCUUCCCAGGAACACAGGGUUUACCAGGGGUGACAGGACCCAAAGGAUAUAAAGGUGAUCUGGGCUUUCCGGCUCUCCAAACUGGAUUCCCAGGAUUUCCAGGAAUACGAGGACCACCAGGCUCACCUGGACCUCCAGGGCCGGCAGGUUCAACAGAGUUAUUUGGAGAUCCAGGACAGCGAGGACAGAAAGGAUAUCCUGGACCGAGGGGGAAAACAGGAGAUAAAGGUGACCAUGGACAAUGUGCUUGCCUUGCGGUGGACACGGCUCCUGCUGGACCUCCCGGUCCUGUCGGAGUCCCAGGUUAUCCCGGCACAUACGGGGUGACUGGUCAGUUGGGAGAUGAAGGGGCGCCGGGACCAUUCGGAACACCGGGGAUCCCAGGAGCGGCUGGUGCUGUUGGAGCUCAAGGUCUGAAGGGAGAGAAAGGCGACCCUGUCUUCAUCCCCACAUUAACCACCAAAGGUUCCAAAGGCGAUCAAGGAGAGCCGGGGUUAACGGGUGCCCACGGACAGCCUGGUGUCCGGGGACAAGAUGGGAAUCCAGGCAGACCAGGUUUUCCAGGAGCUCCUGGUGAUGCUGGGGGAGGUUACCCUGGCGAUGAUGGCAUCCGAGGUAUCCCAGGAGCUAAAGGAUACAGUGGGAGACCUGGCCUGCCAGGAGUGGGAAUCCGAGGCCCACAAGGGAGACCUGGGCUUCCUGGUGACUUAGGAUCUGAUGGUGUGCCAGGAAUUCCAGGACUUCCAGGCCUGCCUGGGACUCCAGGUGACUGCAUUGAUGAACAGGAAAUCCUGCCAAUAGACAAAGAUGACCCAAAAUUCCAAUCAGGGAUUCCUUGUCAAAUCCCAGGACCUACAGGAGAGAGGGGACCACCAGGCCAGCCUGGACAGAAGGGUGUCAAAGGUCAGCAAGGAUUUCCAGGAUUAUCCAGACCAGGAUUCCCGGGAAGGAAAGGUUAUGUUGGCGCUCCAGGACCAGGAAUUCGAGGACCACCAGGCUUUGUUGGACCCCGUGGGGAUCAGGGACUCCCAGGCCCAUCUGGACAGGCUGGAGCCCCUGGGUUUCCGGGUCCAUCGGGAAGGCCAGGCCCACCUGGUGAGGAAGGUUUGCCCGGAGAAGCCACCGGCGUGUUGCCAGGAUACCAAGGUGAACCAGGACAGCCUGGCCGGGCAGGGUCCAAAGGGGCGCAAGGAGAAGCCGGAGCGACUGGAUUCAGAGGUGUGGAUGGAAUAUUGGGAAUGGCUGGUCCCAAAGGUGAACAAGGAGAGCCCGGACUCCCGGGCAUAGCAGGAUUCCCUGGAUCACGGGGACCACCUGGGGCUGUGGGACAGCCUGGCUUGUCGGGGUUAACAGGACUCCGUGGUUUACCAGGCCCUGGAGGUUCUCUUGGUUUUAAGGGGGAUCGGGGAGACCAAGGAUCCCCAGGCCCGGCUGGAAUGAAAGGUUUGCCAGGGUUUCCUGGUAUCCAGGGUUGGUACGGGGAUCCAGGAUUCCCUGGAUCUCCUGGUACUUUUGGACUGGAUGGGUUGCCAGGCCUUGAUGGACUGAAAGGUUUGAAAGGGUCACCAGGAAUGGCAGGAUUUCCCGGUGCCAAGGGGCUUAAAGGUCGACUUGGUAUCACAGGCGAGAAGGGCGAGUCGGGAAUUCCAGGAAUUACCGGGGUCAGGGGUUACUAUGGCGCCAAAGGUACCAAAGGUGACCGUGGAGAGACCGGACCUCCAGGACCAGCACCGCCAAUUGAACCCAGCAUGAUGGUGAGAGUGAAGGGGGAUAAGGGAGACGAUGGUAACCAUGGGGAACCUGGUUUUGUCGGCCCGAGAGGGACAAAGGGAAUGCCAGGAUACCCAGGAGAUGGUGGACGGCCUGGUUUUCCCGGAAUUCCAGGGCAACAGAAAGGCAUUCCAGGAUUCCCAGGAGUGCCUGGUGAAUCCGGAAGCAAAGGAAUGCCAGGAUACCCCGGACCUCCGGGUAUUAGUGGGUUCCCUGGGAUGCCUGGUGAGAAGGGCUUCUUGGGUAAUCGGGGCCUUCCUGGAGGUCUGGGACUGCCAGGCUUGCCUGGGCCAAAAGGUGAGCCAGGGGAAACGAUAAACAUUCCAGGACGUCCGGGUCAAAAGGGCGAAAUUGGUCAACAGGGGUUCAAAGGAGCACCAGGCCUUCCUGGGCUACCUGGUAGACGUGGACAACCAGGAGAAUUAGGUAUUGCGGGGAUGAAAGGAAUUCCAGGUGAUCUGGGGCUCCCAGGUAAACAGGGCUCCACCGGAUAUCCCGGAAUUCUAGGAGAUCGAGGAUCACGAGGUCCUGAUGGUUACUCUGGUCCGAAGGGAUACAUGGGAUUUCCAGGCUAUCAAGGGAUUAAAGGUCUGCGAGGUCCGGAUGGUCUUCCUGGUUUAGACGGGUUAAAAGGAAAUAAAGGUUUCCCAGGAGCCCCAGGUCUAAGUGGGGGAGGAGCUCAAGGUCUACCUGGUAACCCGGGUGAGAAAGGGGAGAGAGGAAUACCCAGCACGAGAUCCGGGGAGCCAGGGCUGCUGGGAGAAGCUGGUCCCAGGGGCGAGAUAGGUGAACCAGGUCCCAUUGGCGCAGUUGGAUUUCCGGGUGAGCCAGGUCCUCUGAUCCCAUCAAACAAACCAGGAAAAGUGGGUGAUCCAGGACCGAGAGGACAUGAUGGCCCUCUAGGUUACCCAGGCCAACCAGGUCCACCUGGCAGGUGGGGACAAGCCGGAAGUAAGGGUGAGGCAGGAGCUGCCGGUGCAGCCGGUUUCUCAGGAUCACCGGGAAUUCCAGGUGAUAAGGGAGCUCCAGGUCUUUCAGGAAUCAGUGGCAUUCCUGGAAAUAAAGGUCAAAGAGGUGAACAGGGUAUGAUGGGUUACCCUGGGAGAAAGGGAUCACCCGGAGACCAGGGUAUUCCUGGAACGAAAGGUUCAGUGGGUCCAGCUGGUUCAUUGGGAUUACCGGGCCCACAGGGACCAUCACCCCCUCCUCAGCGAUUCUCCGCUCCGCAGGGAGCUCUUGGCAUCCCUGGAAAUCCUGGACGUCGUGGAUUUCCAGGGGAUCCGGGUCCAAAGGGAAUUCCUGGGGAUGCAGGUCUGAAGGGCCCACGUGGUAAUGCUGGAAUCCCAGGCCACACCAGCUCCCCAGGUACAAUGGGCCCCAGGGGUGAACCAGGUCCAAUCGGUCAACAAGGACCAUUAGGAUUUCAAGGUGCCCCCGGGUUGACCGGUAUACGAGGGAUGAAUGGAAUGCCAGGGCGAAGUGUCAGUGUGGGUUAUCUCUUGGUCAAACACAGUCAGUCUCAGGAAGUCCCACCAUGUCCGCUGGGAAUGAACAGGCUCUGGGAUGGAUACAGCCUGUUAUUUGUAGAAGGACAGGAGAAAGCUCACAAUCAGGACCUGGGGUUAGCUGGAUCAUGUAUGCCAAGGUUCAGUACAAUGCCCUUUGUGUACUGUAACAUCAAUGAAGUUUGUUACUUUGCGAGCAGAAAUGACAAGUCUUAUUGGUUGUCCACCAAUGCUCCAAUUCCAAUGAUGCCUGUUGCCAAUGCAGAUAUCAAACAGUACAUUAGCCGGUGCUCUGUGUGCGAGGCUCCCUCCCUGGCAGUCGCUGUUCACAGCCAGGACAUCACAAUCCCAAUGUGCCCUGCAGGGUGGCGCAGUCUGUGGAUUGGUUACUCUUUCCUCAUGCACACAGCUGCAGGCGGUGAAGGUGGUGGCCAGUCAUUGGUAUCUCCUGGCAGCUGUCUGGAAGAUUUCCGCACCACUCCCUUCGUGGAAUGCAACGGUGCUCGUGGCACAUGUCAUUACUUUGCCAACAAACACAGUUUCUGGCUUUCCACUGUGGACCCGAGCCAGCAGUUCAAGGAGCAGCUGGUCCCAGACACGCUGAAGGCAGGACAGCUUCUAACCCGCAUCGGUCGAUGUCAGGUCUGCAUGAAGAAUUUAUAACAGACACCGCCUGCAAUAAGCAGCCAAUCACCGCCCAGCCCAGGAUUCCACAGGGUCAAGGUGAUGGGACAGAAAAAAACUGGCAAUCAAAAUUCUUUUAUUAUACUGCGCUGUCUUCCAACUUGUUACCUCGUAUCACAGAUAAUACCUGACUGAAGGCGCAAGUAAAUAAAUCACUCUACUGCAAGCUCAUUUAACUUCAUUAACACACUAAAUUUAGUCCAUUCUCUGUAAGGCUUAGCGCUAAAUAAGCUGCCACCAUUAACGUAAUGCAACUUAAAUGUUCACCAGCUAAACCUUGGUCACAAAGUGUCAGUUGUGAUUCAGUGGCUAACACACUCCCUUCAGAGUCACAAGGUUUUGGGUUCAAGUCCCACUCCAGAGAUUUAAAUCCUUAAUUCAGGCUGGCACGCCCAGGGCAGUGCUGAGAGAAUGCCACACUGUCAGGGGUGCCGUCUUUCAGACGAGAUGUUAAACAGAGGCUCCGUGUGCCUCUGAAAAGAUCCUGUGGCUCUAUUUGGAAGGGCGGGGUAUUGCCCUGGGCCAACAUCACUUUUUUUAAAAAAUACCCGGUUAUUAUCAUAUUGCUGUUUGUGGGAUCUUGUUGUGCAUCAAUUGGCUGCUGUGUUUCCUACAUUACACGAGUGACUACACUUUAGAAAUGCUUCAUUGGCUGUAAAUCGCUUUGGGAUGUGCUGAGGAUGUGAAAGGUGCUAUAGAAAUGUAAGCUCUUUGCUUUUACUCACUGCAGCCCUGCUUUAGGACCAGCUGGACACUGAGAGAUGUUUGCAGGGGUGAGGGGCUAUUCUCUGAGGUUUGAGUUGUCCACUGGAGCCAAGUCUACGGGCCGCUUGCGUCUGGAAUUACUGGGACUUCCACUAACACAAUGAUCUGUCCAAAGGUUGGGG